GGUGACGUGUCGGUCCGGAGCAGGGUGGGCGCUCCCCAGCUCGGCACUCGUGUCCUCGGCGCGGGCCUUGCUCGCGGAGCAGCAGCGUGGGGCGGCGGCGGCGGCGGGGGAGGCGGAGGUCUGGGCGAGGGGCCGCCGAGGCCCAGGCCCCGGACAUGGCUUCCUCCUCGGCCGAGACGGCGGAGCGGCUGCGGCGGCGGGUCCAGGAGCUGGAGCAGGAGCUGGCGCAAGAGCGGAGCCGGAGGGCCCCGGGGGGUAGCGCCGGGGGCGACGUGGGCGGUGGCGGCGGAGGCCGGGUCCGCAUCGACAAGAUGAGCCCGGAGGUGGUGGAUUCCAACCCGUACAGUCGCCUGAUGGCAUUGAAACGAAUGGGAAUUGUGAAGGAUUAUGAGAAAAUCCGCACCUUUGCUGUAGCAGUAGUAGGUGUUGGCGGAGUUGGUAGUGUAACUGCUGAAAUGCUAACAAGAUGUGGCAUUGGUAAGCUAUUACUAUUUGAUUAUGACAAAGUGGAACUGGCCAACAUGAACAGACUUUUCUUCCAGCCCCAUCAGGCAGGAUUAAGCAAAGUUCAAGCAGCAGAGCAUACUUUACGGAAUAUUAAUCCUGAUGUUAAUUUUGAAGUUUAUAAUUACAAUAUCACCACAGUGGACAACUUUCAACAUUUCAUGGAUAGAAUAAGUAAUGGUGGCAUGGAAAGUGGGAAACCUGUUGACCUAGUUCUGAGCUGUGUGGACAACUUUGAAGCUCGAAUGGCUAUUAAUACAGCUUGUAACGAACUUGGGCAAACAUGGAUGGAAUCCGGGGUCAGUGAAAAUGCAGUCUCAGGGCACAUACAACUUAUCAUUCCUGGGGAGUCUGCUUGUUUUGCGUGUGCUCCUCCACUGGUAGUUGCUGCAAAUAUUGAUGAAAAGACACUAAAAAGAGAAGGAGUUUGUGCAGCUAGUCUUCCCACUACUAUGGGAGUGGUUGCUGGAAUUCUUGUACAAAAUGUGUUAAAGUUUCUGUUAAAUUUUGGUACCGUGAGUUUUUACCUGGGUUAUAAUGCAAUGCAAGAUUUCUUUCCCACCAUGUCCAUGAAGCCAAAUCCUCAGUGUGAUGACAGAAACUGCAGGAAGCAACAGGAAGAAUAUAAAAAAAAAGUUGCAGCUCUACCCAAACAAGAGAUUGAACAACAACAAGAAGAAGAAGAAAUACUUCAUGAAGACAAUGAUUGGGGUAUUGAGUUAGUAUCUGAGAUUUCAGAAGAGGAGCUCAGAGAUGCUUCUGGUCCUGUUCCUGACUUGCCUGAGGGAAUUACAGUAGCAUACACAGUUCCAAAAAAGGCAGAAGAUGCCCUGCCUGGGGGGGAGUCAGUGGAAGAUUCUGGGGAAAGUUUGGAAGAACUUAUGGCCAAGAUGAAGAACAUGUAGUCUUGUUUCACCUUCUACUUUCUGGAGAAACUGAAGAAAUAAACUUUAAAGAGUUCAGAAUUUCUGCAUUGCUAGUAAAGUGUAAGGUGGCAUCAUUUGAUAUGUAGUCUUUAUUGGUAUUAAGUCUUCCUCUUUGAAAUUAAGAGUACCAUGAUUUGAUUUCUUUUAUUCACCUGAAGAGUCCUCAGACAGUGAAGAAGGAACUGUAAGAGGCUGUGACAUUUUUUCAGAUCUAGCCACUGAGAUAAUAAGACUUUAUAAGAACGUCAGGAUAAAUAAAUGUCACCCUCUAUAACAGAAGCUGUGGAAUCAGAUAAACUGUGUGCAGAAACCCAUACUACAUUAGGAUUGGGAGGCCAGUUGCAGUUAAAUUUAAGGGGUUGUCUCUGUUGUACCUGGAUAGCAUAUGACCUAAAAUGUUGAAAUCGGAAAUAGAUUUUGUAAAAUUUAAAACUAUUACUAUAUGAUGUUGAAAUAAAGACAACAGUCAGUAUAAACCAUGUUGGUGAUUCUCACGGAAGCUACAAGGAGAGUUGGAGAGAAAUCAGUGUUUAACUAAUGCUCUGUCUGAUGGGACAUGAAUCACUAAAAAGUUAAACUGUAUACUAGCUAAGAUUUUGUCAUAUCCUGGAGGAGCUCUUUCAAGAUGAUUGCUUAUUCUGAUUAAACAUGCAUUUAACAGCUUUCUAAAUAUUUUUCACCCUUAACAUUUUACUUUUAUUUCCUACGUACCAGGGAAAAGAAACAUUGGAUAAUCUGUCUAGCGCCUGUGUUAAAUUAGCUUUUUAGUUGGGCAUUGUGAUUUAGUUAUCUUAAAGGAUCCCAGUCACUCCCAGAGGAGCUGAAUAUAGAAGUUUCAGUCUUGCACAGCUUAGAGACAAAAAACCUUUCAUUGUGAUUGUACCGAGAGGGAUGCUCAACUGGAAAUAUGCUGUUUUUACUCAUUACAACAGUCUUGUUCACAAAUGUCUGUUUUCAAUGGUGUAAUCAGACAUAGAUGAAACAGACCAAUGAUGAAAUAGUCUGGUUGAAAGAAAUGUGUGUUUUUUUUUAAAACAAAUUUUAUAGUUAUUAUUUAUUAAUAUACUUUUCUAUAUUGUUGUUGCCUUUACUGUUUAAAUCAUGUUUUUAAAAUGUAAAUACAGCUUUCCUUCUAAUACUCUAAUGAAAGUAAUAUUUUGAACUUUUUUUUUUUUGCUUUGAAGAACAUAUCCAUAUCUGAACUUUCUCUAGUGAAAUAAAAUUCUCAUAAUUUACUGAUUAGGGACAUGUCACAUAUAAAGUACAAAAAGCUUUAAAACCUCAGCAGAAAGAUAAACCUCUUAUCUAACAUCAUGACUGUUUAUCUCUUGAUGUUUUGAGGCUGUAUUGGUGCUUGUCAUCAUAUAAUAGUAAAGGGAAGAAGACUGGGACACUAGCUGUGUUUUUGGGGGACUUCAUUUCUGAACUUCACCGUAUUGCAGAUGGUCUCCUUUAAUUCACAGGAAUAUUGUGAGAAUCGAGUAAUCUCUGUGAAAUGUUUAUUUCCUUGGAAAUUACUGCCCUGACAUUGUAAGGUUUUACUUACUUGUUUUUAAAAUAUGAACUCUGAUCUGAUACAUGUGCUCUGAUGGUAGAAAAAUAAUUGGUUAACAUUGUUUAAUAUAGACUUUUUAUGUGCUGUAUUACUCUUACUGCUUUUUGUGUGAACUUGUGAUUUCAUUACUGGAUGAAUUUCUCAAUGUGGAAGCUUUCUUUCACCAUUGAAGAUUAGCAGCUGGUCUGUAACUCAGUCUUAGCUGUGGAGACUGAGAGGUGAAGAUUUGUUAAUAGUCAUGCUGCUGUUGUGUGUUUUAUAAAAGCAAGCCUUCCUGACUUUACCAUACCACCUCUCAAUGCCUUUUGCACAAAGUUUCUGUAAAUUUAAAAAAAAAAGUAUAAUUACACUUUAUUCAAACGUUUUGAUUAGAAGUGUCAAUGGAGGAGCUAAACAAAACAACCUAAGAAUUGAAACUGACUUUUUCCAAUUUAUUAUAAAUGUGCAUUUAUAUAUAUUUUUUAAAAUUAGAAGCUCACAAUGAACAGAUACAAACAAUAUGGAAUAAAAUUUGAAAUAAUCAAAAUCAAAACCAUUUAAAUAUUAAAUACUAAACCUUGUAUCUCUCUCUAAUAUCAAUUUUAAUCAUUGCUCCACCAAAUUGCAGGAAAUAAAGUUUAAGCACUUCCCCUAA